AAGAGGAUGGGGCGGGCGGAGGAUGUGGCGAGGAGGAGGAGGAGGAGGAAGGAGGAGGAAGGAGAMCUGGAAAAGCCUGGGGACCUAGACGAGCUUGUGGCAUUAUUGGAGGAGGACGACAAGGAAGCCAUGGGGAGYGGGGCCAGCGCCGAGGACAAGGAGAUGGCCAAGAGGUCCAAGGAGCUGGAGAAGAAGCUCCAGGAGGAUGCRGAUAAGGAGGCCAAGACAGUCAAGUUGCUGCUGCUUGGGGCUGGAGAGUCAGGGAAGAGCACCAUCGUSAAGCAGAUGAAGAUCAUCCACCAGGACGGUUACACGGAGGAGGAGUGCAUGGAGUUCAAGUCCAUAAUCUACGGGAACAUCCUGCAGUCCAUCCUGGCCAUCAUCCGCGCCAUGUCUACGCUGGGCAUCGACUAUGCCGAGUCCUCCUGCGCGGAUGAAGGCCGGAUGCUCUUCAACCUGGCUGACUCCAUCGAGGAGGGCACGAUGCCCCCUGAGCUGGUCACCUGCAUCAAGAAGCUGUGGAAGGACGGRGGUGUUCAGGCGUGUUUUGACCGUGCUGCCGAGUAUCAGCUCAAUGACUCAGCUGCAUAUUACCUGAACCAGCUGGACAGGAUCACAGCCCCCAACUACCUCCCCAAUGAGCAGGAUGUGCUGCGAUCCCGAGUGAAGACCACAGGGAUCAUCGAGACCAAGUUCUCUGUCAAAGACCUGAAUUUCAGGAUGUUCGACGUGGGAGGGCAGCGCUCAGAACGGAAGAAGUGGAUCCAUUGCUUCGAGGGUGUGACCUGCAUCAUCUUCUGCGGAGCCCUGAGUGCAUAUGACAUGGUGCUGGUGGAGGACGAUGAAGUGAACCGGAUGCACGAAUCCCUGCACCUAUUCAACAGUAUAUGCAACCACAAGUUCUUUGCGGCCACUUCCAUCAUCCUCUUCCUCAACAAGAAGGACCUUUUUGAGGAAAAGAUCAAGAAAGUCCAUCUCAGCAUCUGCUUCCCAGAGUAUGACGGUCCCAACACAUUCGAGGACGCAGGGAAUUACAUCAAGACCCAGUUCCUGGAUCUCAACAUGAGGAAGGACGUGAAGGAGAUCUACAGCCACAUGACCUGUGCCACAGACACGCAGAACGUCAAGUUCGUCUUCGACGCCGUCACAGACGUGAUCAUCAAAGAGAACCUCAAGGAYUGCGGCCUCUUCUGAGCACCAGCAGAGGAAACCAUUCCCGUCUCACCGUUCUGCUGAGCAGAGCCAAAGGAAGAAUCAACCCCCACCACACAUCACUGGCUCCCACUUUUUCUAUGACCUGCCCAAAUCUGYCUCCUUCCAAACCCCAAACUAGGAAGGGGCUGAAGCUCAACUUCUUGCUCCCUUUCAUGGCCAUUUCCUCUUUUUUUUUUUUUUUCCAAGGAAGAACCCCUGUUCUCAGCGUUUUACAGGAGGUUUGACACCAGAGAGCACAGCCAGGAAUAGGAAUAUUCAGGGAAUUUGGGAGGUAGGAUAGACAUUGCUCCCUUGCCCAUCCCUCUGCAGCCCGUUCCUGGCCUUGGAUCGAAGCUGGAUUAAUCCAGGCUGGAAUUUCUAGGGAAGAUGGAGACUGAGUUACCUCCRAGUCGCUCCUGGGAACCAACCUCAGCCCUUAGGCAGGAGAAAUCAGGGGUUUGAGGGGUUGUUUUGGGCCCUAAAUGGAGGGAAUUUCUCAGUCAGGAGGGGCUGGGAGAGGGAAUCCCACACUCCAGCCCAGGAAUGGGCUGGAUAAAGAGGAAAUGGUUACUUGAAAGAUUUUCAUUCUGCUACUUAGAGCUGCAUUUGCUCUCUCUGUUUGUAAAUAAUCCAUAGAUGAGCCCUGUAUCCAUCCUCUCCCUGUUUCCUGCAGAGAUCUCCCAUUCAGCUUCAUUUAACUGUAGGAAAACACAAUAAAGGAAUACGCAUGACGUGGAUGUUCUUCCUUUCUCCCAUUUCCACUUUGUUCCACACUCCUGUGUCCCAGAGCUUGGAUCAAGGGAUAUUUCAC